CUCGUACCUUGUCUCAAUCUUCCAAGGACCGCAGACUGCCUGUAGUCUGCUAAAUCAGAAGCUUCUCGAUCACAGGAAAGCAAUACUCGCUUCAUGGAUUCCUCCUCUAGUCGCAACUUGAAAUGUGAAAGGGUCUGCUCAGUGUAUGCGACACGGAGGAAGCAGCGCUUACGAUGUAUAAAAGACGCAAGCGAGUGAGCUCUUGUUGAAACGCAUCCAACCCUUACACCUACUAAACCAUCAUCACAACCAUGACUAUCCCAGUUCCGGGCACAUACGUGAUCUACAACAUCCAAUAUUCCACCCUAGAUGUCGAUUUGCACUGGGCCAAUGUCACUGACGGUGCUCCUGUCGUCGGUUACAUCUACAACGAAUCCACUCAGAACAUGCUGUGGAAUCUGCAGGUUGUCGAUGAAGAGCAGGGUCUAGUGCAAUUCAUCAACCUCGCGGGCAACAAUUAUGCUGGAGUCUCUGGCGAAAUCAAUGGCUCUGGGGUUAUAGGAUCCUCCAUCGAAACCACUUUCAGACUCCACGAGAGGAAAGAUGGGGAAUAUGAGAUUCAGACACAUAACUCUGAGCUCGUUUGGGAGCUGCCUGACGGAAAUAACUACACUGAGAUCAUCCUCUCCCCUCCCAUCAGCUUCUAUGAUAACCAGGCUUGGCAGUUCAUGCCAGUUGAUGGUAACUGACACUGAAGAGGGAGACAAAGCACUGGCGACAAUGACUUUACAUCAUUA